UGUCCUCACAAACGUUAACGGCAGUCUGACGUCACUCCGGAGCCGGGCCCGGCUAGCUGUCAUCGCGGUAGAAAGGACGGGCACGACAUGGGGCUCCGGUUUCCUGCGUACGGUUAUACAUGCGUCGUAGCUUAGUCAAGCUCUCUCCGGUGCCGCCGUGUUUCUGUGUACCGAGGUAACGGCGCUUUUUCCCGCUUCGACGAAGACGGACAGCGGCGAGCUAACCGGCUAGCUGUAGUUUAACCGUGAGAGCUCCGCAUGGCGUUAAUCCUGCUCACCAGGACCAGGGCACCUCUGGUCCAGACCUCCAGGUCUCUGAAGAACGAGCUCAGGAAAGGGAAACUACAAGAUGGUGCCUGUUUCAGCUGCACAGCGCUCCGACUCUCCAGUCAAAUACUUGACGGGCUCCGACUUGGUGCUUUACCCCGGUCCUCUUCAUCCAGCCCUUCCCUCCCCUUGUCAGAUGGCUACGUGGGCCCCUGCCAGAGCGCCGACUCACAGCGGCUGUUCUGCGCUUUUGUCUUGGGGGCCUCCCCUUCACCGUACCCUGCAAUCGCAACGGGGCCACAGUGGACGAUAGCACGACCGCAGGACAUCCCUGGUGUUAGGUGGAUACACACUUCGAGGAGGAGAUGGGACGACUCCAAGGUGGAGAAGUCGCUGCGUGUGCUAAAGGACAAGAAGAAGCUGGAGGAAGGAGGGCCGGUGUACAGCCCCACGCUGGACGCAGCGCCUGUGAAAAGGACGCUCCGACAGUGGGUUAUAGAUGAGGUCCGGCACUACUACCACGGCUUCAGGCUGCUGUGGAUUGAUACCACUAUUGCUGGCCGCAUGCUGUGGAGGGUGCUGAACGGACAUCCCCUGUCCCGCAGAGAGAGGAGACAGUUUCUCAGAACAUGUGCCGACGUCUUCAGACUUCUUCCCUUCCUGGUGUUCAUCAUCGUCCCCUUCAUGGAGUUCCUGCUUCCUGUAGCUUUGAAACUCUUCCCCAACAUGCUGCCGUCCACCUUCGAGACGCAGUCAAAGAAGGAGGAGAGGUUAAAAACGGAGCUGAGAGUCAAACUGGAGAUGGCCAAGUUCUUGCAGGACACCAUCGAGGAGAUCGCUCUGAGGAAUAAGGCCGCCCAGGGAAACGUGACGGAGGAGUUCUCCACCUUCUUCCAGAAGAUACGGAACUCCGGGGAACGUCCCAGUAACGAGCAGAUCAUAAAAUUCUCCAAACUGUUUGAGGACGAGCUCACCCUGGACAACCUGACUCGACCUCAGCUGGUGGCUCUCUGCCGCCUCCUGGAGCUGCAGUCCAUCGGGACCAACAACUUCCUCCGCUUCCAGCUCAUCAUGAAGCUGAGGGCCAUCCGUGCAGACGACAAGCUGAUAGCAGAGGAAGGCGUGGCGAGUCUGAACGUUAACGAGGUGCAGGCAGCCUGUCGCGUCAGAGGGAUGAGGUCUCUCGGAGUCACAGAGGAACGACUGAGAGAGCAACUCAGCCAGUGGCUGGAGCUGCAUCUGAACCAGCAGAUCCCCACGUCCCUGCUGCUUCUGUCCCGAGCCAUGUACCUCCCCGACACUCUUUCCCCCGCCGACCAGCUGAAGACAACACUGCAGACGCUGCCUGAGAUGGUGACAAAGGAGGCUCAGAUGAUUGUGGCAGAGAUGGAGCUCUCCAAAGUGGACAAUAAGACCAAGGUGGAGACGACACUAAAGGAGGAGGCAGCCAUACGCCAGGACAACAAGGACAGGGAGAUGGAGAGGUUGGCGGAUGCUGCAGAGAAAGCUGCCAGGGAGGGUGAGCUGGAGCUCGAAGCAGAGCCGGCUAAAGCCAGCGUGGCCGCUCAGUCUGAGGUUCUGAGGGAUCCGGCGCCCGUCAUAGAAGGAAUCAAGUUUGAACAGUGGCAGACAUUCCUGCGUUACCAGGAUGAGGAGAUCACCAAAGAGGAGAUUGACCUCCUGAGUGAUGCAUGCUCAAAGCUGAAGGAGCAGAAGAGGCUGUUGACUCUGGAGAAAGAAGAGCUCGAAGAACUGAAGGAUGAUGUCCAGGAAUACAACGAGGAUCUGGAAGAGAUAAAGAAGGAGCUCUCUAAGACCGGCCAAGAAAAGGCAGUAGAGGAGUCAAAGGCGAGCCAGCGUCUGUCAAAGAGAGUAAACCGCAUGAUCGGACGCAUUGACAAGAUCAUCGUGGAGCUGGAGAAGGACAAGGUCAUCCUGGAUGGACAGAUGGACAGCGGAACCACACCACCUGUUGGAUUAUUCUUUUCCGAACGUAGCGAUGCCUCAAGUCUCUUCUACGCCUUCAGGGAGAACCUCAUCAGCAUCGACGAGCUGAUCAGCGUCAUGCGGCAGAUCCAGAACAUUCCAGAGCACAAGCUGCAGAGCAUCGCCGAGGCUCUCGAUGACAACAAAGACGGGAAGAUCGACAUCGACGACGUCAUCAAAGUGGUGGAACUGAUCGACAAGGAGGACGUCGACAUCUCCACCUCUCAGGUGGCUGACAUCAUGGUGAUGCUGCAGAAGGAGGAGAAGCUGAUCGAGAAGGAGAAGGCCAAAGAAAAGGCGGAGAAGGAGAAGGCAGCCACACUCAACAGCUAACUCAUUUCUCCAGAAAGACACGCAGCACUUGUACAAAAACAAAAAAAACAAAAAAAAACAGAGAAGUUUGUGACUGGUACGCACUCACAGAAAACUCUGGACACCAGAUGGAGGGAGAGUCACAAGGUAACAGCUGCCUGCUCAAAAUGUUAUGUCACCAGAAAUCCAGCUCUUAGUUUAAAGUAAAAAAAAAAAAAAGAACAAAAAAAGGCUUUUGCCUUUUAAAAACGCACAAAAUCAAAAAGAAACUUAAAUUGCCAUUAUGUUAAACUCUUGUGGACUGAUCAUGUAUAAUAUGUUGAUAUUUGGUUUUGUGUAAUUUUACUCUAAUUUAUUGUAGUGGGAACACAAUGACAUGAAACGAUGGUUGUGCUUCCAACUUUAAGAGUUGGCACUGAUCAAAAAAAAAAAGAUGUUUGGAAAAUAUAUUAGGAGAUUUCUAGUUUAAAGUUUGAGGUGAACCGUCUUUGCCUUUCAUUUCAUUCAUGUCAUCAUCUCAGAGAAAUGAGAAAUCAUUUCUGAACUUUGCACAGUAAAAAUAAUAAUCAUGUCAUCACCAUCAUAGAUUUUCUUUAUCGUCAUUCUUCCGUGUUUUCUUCCCUGAGUUGUACGUGCACAGCGUAGCUUCCUGCUGGCUUUAGGAUGUUUAAGUGGUGGCUGCAACCCAAAGCAAAUAAUUGCACAGCAUAGAAAUGAGCUAAAAACAAUCACAUUAUGUGUAGUUUGAAAUAUUAAUUCAAACAAAAAUAAAAUAAAAAAACCUGGAUUGCAGGAUUGACGCUGCAGGAGUGUCGGAUGUUUGUCCAGAAUAAGCCAAGGACUGAAGUUAGCAACAUUUACGUUAAAAACUACUGUACUGUAAUUUUUUUUAUUUUAUUUUGUACUUAAUGCAUAAUAAUGUUUUGCCUCAUCUUAGCACAGCUCUUCAUCUAUUCCUGUUGUGUUCAAUAGAUUUCUGUAAAAUGCCAAAGUGGCACUGUGGCACAUUUAAUAACAGAUUCUGAUUAUUCCUAAAAACCAACCAGUCGAGGAUCAUAGUCGGCACAGCGACACUGAAGCAGCUCGUUCAUCAGAUUUUGGUUAGUCGUUGCUGACGGUCAGAUUUCUGUCGUGUUUGGACGUCGUCCAAUCUGAGGUCGGAGGUGGAAGUGGCUCCUCGUGAAUGUUAACUCGUUUAUUAGUUCGAUAACGUGCCGAUCUUGACCGUCGUAGUUGAAAUGCAAAGUGGCCUUCUCUCCACACAGAUACUCUGGAUUAUAUACCAUUUGUAUAUUUAUUUUUGAGCUCCGUAUUCUUCUCAGUGAAGAGGCUUUACUGGAUGAGUUCAGUCUUGUCUUAUUUGCCCUGUAGUGAUGAAUGUGUGCGCGUGGGUUAGAAGCAGGGACAAAGUGAUGAUGGAGGAUAAAGUUCGAGUCAGUUAGUGACUCACAUUCACUCACUGCCUGUUGGCAUAACUGUGUUGACACUGCAAGCAGCUAUCAUCAGCUAAAUCUGAAUAUAUGCAACUAAUGAUUAUAUUGAUAAGAAUUUGUUUUAAUUCUUUAAAAUGUCAAGAAACCCGAGAACAGACAGACUUCUGCUGAGUCGUCUGUCGUGUUGCUCGCAGUAAAGAGUCGAUCCGCCUUUACUGUUGGACUGAAUCACAUAUUUGGUAGUUUGUGUUUCACAGUCAUCUCUUGGUAACCGGCUCAGGUGUGAACGCUGAGUGGGCGACGCUCUGUUUUAAUCCGUUCCCGGAAUCCGCCGCCAGACGAGCGGAUGAUGGAAGAGGUCGUUAUUCUUCCGUCAGGCACUGUCCCGGUUCAAACCCAGCUCGGGCUGACAGGGCGAGGGCUCUGCUUCGCCUGGGACCAGUCAGACUGAUGGGUGCAGGGUAAACACUCGCCCCAUACAUGGGCCAAAGCCAGCUCCACUGGAGGGUUGUGUUUAGCUUAGAGACAAUCCGGCGAGACAUGGCAUGCUCUCCGCCGCAUAAAUCAGCCGUCAGUGUAAACACGUCCCAGGAACGUUGUGACAACUUCUCGUUUACACUUGGCAGGAGAGUGUGGUGUUUGUGUCCAUGAGCCUAACAGGUCGGACUCAGGGGAGCGCUGUGUACAUUAGCAGCACUGCCACUGUUUCUAGGCAUGGAGGGGUCAAAGGUUGUGGGGGGGAGGAUGUAUAUAACAGGGUAUGUGAGGCGGCUGGAGAUCAGAGCAGGUCUAGAAAGAUUUAAAAUGAAAUGUUGACGUGGACAACCAGAAAGCUCCGAUUAGGGCUGCAGUUAUUAUUUCCACUUCUCUCACGCAUCUGUUGAUAAUUUAGUCAAAAAAAAAAAUGGAAAAAAAACUUUGAAUUGUUUGUUUUUGGGUCAAAAAUCCAAAUAAUUUAGUUUCCAGUCGUAUAGAAGCAGCAAAAACUAAUUUUUCAAAAGAAGCUGAAUAUUUGGCAUCUUCAAAUUUCUUGUUUUGUCGUCCAACAUUCAAACAUAUUAAAUAUACAGACAGACGGAGCUUCUUUGUCACGUCUUCUUUUAAAACUUAACUACACCAAUUAUCAGAAUAAUUGUAUUCUCACACAGUUUGUGUCACUGCAGACUUUUCUCUAUUCACUCUAUUCAUCGUGAGGAAUAUAUUUCAGCCAGUCAGUGAUAUGACGAGGCAGUUAUUAUCUCCCACAUGCUGCCAGGAUGUGAUUAUGAUUUAUGAAAAGCUGCCAAACCUUCAGAUUCAUUCAAGAAAUCCUGGGGAAAGAAAAAUAAUGAAUUUUUCCAAAUGGAGAAUAAGUUGAACCCAGAUAUGAAUACCAGCAGAAAGUCGUGAGCGUUUGGCUGCAGAGUUCACGGCUCGCCGCUGGCAGCAGUGUUGCUCUGUGUUGUUUAAGCUGCUGUCUUUGAAAAGAGUCUACCCACAGUGAGAGAGGAGAAGUAUUCUGAAACUGAGCUUCAGUCAUUUUUCUUUGUCAGGUCCAGUAGAAAAGCCGAGCGUUGUUUUUUUUUAGGCUCGUUAGAAAAAGAAGUGUCUGAUUUGGGCUCGCUGACUGUUCUGAGGAGUAUUACCACUGUGUAAAUGCACUAAUCAUUUUUGAUACAGUAGGUGUGUGUGGAUGUUUGGACUCAGGGUGUGUGUGUUCAGUCUGACGUGGUGGUUUGAGCGGCUGUUGAAGUUGAAGUGACCUACGAUACAAACCGUCCUGAAAGAUUCCCGCGUGAGUUUGAGGAGACACGUUGCAGAUCUCGUGUUGACGGAAGAACAAAUAUUUAAAGCAAUAAGUCACUUAUGCAUCAUGAACCUUUUUGGAUUUUGUUUUUCUCCCUGUUUGAGGUGGAACAAGUGUUUCAUUUGUUUAAGUGAUAAUGUAAUAUCCGUGAUUUAAGUUUUGGAUUCUCUGAUAUCAGGCUGAUGUUCUGCUUAUUCGGGAGUUGAUUCUCGACAGACGUAAACCUCUUUUUUCCUUUUUUAAGUAUUUUGCACUAGCCCUUUAUAUCACUAGAAGAAUGCUACUUUUUGUAGACUAUAUAAGAAUUUAUGAGCUUUGUUUUGGAGGUGGAGGAAAGGAUCAGCAGGAGCUCAGGCUCCUCUCAGACAUAAAACAGGUGAAAACUAAAUUUAACUGCAUGUUAAACGAUAGUGCAGCCACCAUCUUUGUACACGGGAAACUUUGUUGUUGUUCAGGCAGAAAGUGAAUUUUCACUCUGCGGAUGGACGGAUGUGAUUUGAUCAGAUGUGCUUCUCCUUCUGUCUGAACACAUUAAAGGGUCAUUUUCAGCCUAGAAAUGUUUAUCAGCCUCAUGGCGGCCCUGAUUAGUGAACAUGAUAUUAAAACAACAAACAAAGUUUUCAAAUGUAUUCUAAAAGGAAAUAAUGAGAAUGGAGUUUUGAACUCUUGAGGUUUUAAACUCAGUUUAAAGGUGAUGAAGGAAACAUUUCUCACCUGGUCACAUUAAAGUUUUGCAACUCGAUUUGGAAACAAACAAACAAACAAACAAACAAACAAACAAACAGUCAUUGAAUCUGUUUUGUUUUGAGAUAAUUAUGUUUAUUUAUUUAUUUAUUCAAUCAAUUUUCAAAGUUUUUUUUUAUUAUUCUUCUUCAAAAUGAACUGGACUUUAUUUUUUAACUCAAAUGUAUGAAAAGCAUCAAUUAAAAACACAAAUUAAGUGUUCAUGUAAAGAAACAUCGCUUAGUGUUGAAUAAACUCUGGAUGAUCCUGGA